AGGCGUAGGCCGAGCAGCCGCGUUAUAGGCUGCUGUGCAUUGUCCUGUGUUGCAUCCAGGAACCAGCAAACCAGGAUGGGCCGGAAGGUGACCGUGGCCACCUGUGCACUCAACCAGUGGGCCUUGGAUUUUGAGGGCAAUUUCCAGAGGAUUUUAAAGAGUAUUCAAAUUGCCAAAAACAAAGGUGCAAGAUAUAGGCUUGGACCAGAACUGGAAAUAUGUGGCUAUGGAUGUUGGGAUCAUUAUCACGAGUCAGACACCCUCCUGCAUUCGCUCCAAGUCCUGGCUGCCCUUCUGGACUCUCCCAUCACUCAGGAUAUCAUCUGUGACGUGGGCAUGCCUGUGAUGCACCGGAAUGUUCGCUACAACUGCAGGGUCAUCUUCCUCAACCGGAAGAUCCUGCUCAUCAGGCCCAAGAUGGCCUUGGCCAAUGAAGGCAACUACCGGGAACUGCGCUGGUUCACCCCCUGGUCCAGGAGCCGGCAAACUGAGGAAUAUGUCCUCCCUCGGAUGUUACAGGACCUGACAAAGCAGGAAACUGUGCCCUUCGGAGAUGUGGUACUGGCCACCCGGGACACCUGUGUUGGGAGCGAGGUCUGUGAGGAGCUCUGGACACCGCGCAGCCCCCACAUCGACAUGGGCCUGGAUGGUGUGGAGAUCAUCACCAACGCCUCGGGCAGCCACCACGUGCUACGCAAAGCCCAUACCAGGGUGGAUCUGGUAACCAUGGCCACUUCCAAGAAUGGUGGCAUCUACCUGCUAGCCAACCAGAAGGGCUGCGACGGUGACCGUCUCUACUAUGAUGGCUGUGCCAUGAUUGCCAUGAAUGGGAGCAUCUUUGCCCAGGGCACUCAGUUCUCAUUGGAUGAUGUGGAGGUCCUCACUGCCACCCUGGACCUGGAGGACGUCCGGAGCUACAGGGCAGAGAUCUCAUCUCGGAACCUGGAGGCAAGCAGGGUGAGCCCAUACCCCCGGGUGAAUGUGGAUUUUGCCCUCUCAGACAGUGAAGACUUGUUGGAACUGGUGUCAGAACCUGUGGAGUGGACAUACCACAGUCCUGAGGAGGAGAUAAGCCUCGGACCUGCCUGCUGGCUCUGGGACUUCCUUCAACGGAGCAAACAGGCUGGGUUUUUCCUGCCCCUGAGUGGCGGUGUGGAUAGUGCGGCCAGCGCCUGCGUCGUCUACUCCAUGUGCUGCCUGGUCUGCGAGGCUGUGCAGAGCGGAAAUCAGCAAGUGCUGACAGACAUCCAAAGCCUGGUGGACGAGAACAGCUACACCCCACAAGAUCCCCAGGAGCUCUGCGGACGCCUGCUCACCACUUGCUACAUGGCCAGUGAGAACUCCUCCAAGGAGACCCACAGCAGGGCCACAGAACUGGCUCAGCAGAUUGGAAGCUACCACAUCAGUCUGAGCAUUGACACUGCCGUGAAGGCCGUCUUGGGCAUCUUCAGCCUGGUGACCCGGAAGUUCCCUCGGUUUUCAGCACACGGAGGGAGCAGCAGGGAGAACCUGGCCUUGCAGAAUGUGCAGGCUCGGAUAAGGAUGGUUCUCGCCUACCUGUUUGCUCAGCUGAGCCUCUGGUCCCGGGGUGCUCGAGGGGGCCUUCUUGUGCUUGGAUCUGCCAAUGUGGAUGAGAGUCUCCUCGGCUACUUGACCAAGUAUGACUGCUCCAGUGCAGACAUCAACCCCAUAGGCGGCAUCAGCAAGACAGACCUGAGAGCUUUUGUCCAGUUCUGCGCCGAGCGUUUCCAGCUUCCCGCUCUGCAGAUCAUCCUGUCAGCACCGGCCACUGCAGAGCUGGAGCCCUUAGCCAACGGGCAGGUGUCUCAGACAGAUGAGGAAGACAUGGGGAUGACAUACUCAGAACUCUCCGUCUUCGGCAGGCUUCGGAAGGUUGCCAAGGCAGGGCCCUACAGCAUGUUCUGCAAACUGCUCAACAUGUGGAAGGACAGCUGGACGCCAAGACAGGUAGCUGAGAAGGUGAAGCGGUUUUUCUCAAAGUACUCCAUGAACAGGCACAAGAUGACAACCCUCACGCCAGCAUAUCAUGCUGAAAGCUACAGUCCUGACGACAACAGGUUUGACCUGAGGCCCUUUCUGUACAACACGAUGUGGCCCUGGCAGUUCCACUGCAUUGAUAACCAGGUUCUACAGCUUGAGAGGAAGAAACAGCAGAGCCUAGAAGACUGGAUGUUGGAAGAGCCGUCACCUGUAUGGAAGCAUCUCCUCCCUGGGGAUCCCUAGCAUGAUUUCAAAUCACCAAUGGUCAGGACUAGAGGCCCCGCCCACCACUGCCCUCCUGGAGCCAGGUUUUGUUUACCUUUCAAGGAAGAGAGAGAUGUUCAUUUUAAUGCCAUAAGAAAUAAACAAAAAUGCUCUUUUUAAAAAUGUAUUUUAUUUUAUAUGUAUGGCCUCUUGCCUACAUGUAUGUCUGUGUAUCACAUGCAUGCCUAAUGCUCGUAGAGGCCAGAAAGAACAUCAGGUCCAUUGGGAUUUGAGUUACAAAUGAUUGUGAGCCACCGUGGGGUGCUAGCUGGGAAUCUGACCUGGGUCCUCUCCGAGAGCAGCCAAUGUGGUUCACAGACAUGCAUGCCAACAGAAAAAGUCAUACACAUAAAAUAAAAUGAGUAAAAUUCUAAAGACAAAAAGAUUUA